GCUGUGUACUGGCCAGGAAAAGUUUGGUCUCGAACUGCUCUAAAAGGAGUUCUCUUUCUACCAACGAUUCCUGUGAGCUGCCUCCUCCACACUCAGCUUCUCGAAAUGAGAACGGCGGAUCAACGUACAGACUUAUUUGGGUGAGGAGGAUACGACCGGUGACUGAAAGUAGGCAAGUGAACAGCUGCGUUAUCUGUGCUUGGGGAUAGCUGCGUGCGCGUGCAUCUCGCUGCACUCCGAAACCGCAACAACUCUAGCGGCACGGUGUCACUCGUCAGAAGAGCAGCCCCGCUCUUCUCAUUCGGUUCAGUACGAUGUGGGUACCGGCGGUGCUACGCCUCCCGGUCGUUCUCCUGGUCGCUGCGGCUAUUCCUGUAUCUACAGGACAGGAUCAAAGCAAUUAUCCAAAAUAUCUGAGCGACAUCCAGGAUGUCUCGGGGCUUAUCGAAGACGAACAGAUUGCCGCCGCCUAUGUCAACGAGCUGAAGACCCCGCUUGACAUAUUGUACAAAGCCAGCGCUAAUUCGCAAUGGGAUUUCAAUACCAAUAUCACGGACUACAACCAGAAUAUGUCGGAAACCGUGGAGAAUGAACAAACAAAAAAGAGGAGAGAGAUUGGCUUAACUGCGAAACGCUUCGCAUUUAAAACAUUCCAAAAUGUGACCCUCGUUCGAAUGUUUCGAAGAUUGAACGACAUAGGACUCGGCAUACUGAAGGAUGAAGAAGCCGCUGAGGCAAAUAAAUUAGGUGGAGAAAUGGAUAAGAUAUACAGCUCGACCGAAGUCGUCAUCGGAGGGAAAAACAUGUCACUCGAACCAGACUUAACGCAAAUAAUGGCGAAAGUCGGAGACCACGAUGCUCUUCUCGAGGCCUGGCAGAAGUGGCACGAAGGUGCGGGCCGGCCCAUAAGACCGCUGUACCAGAGGUUUAUCACAAUCGUCAACAAGUCGGCUGUAAUGAACGGAUACGAAAACUUGAAGGGCAGCUGGCUCGAAAAUUACGAGACAGAGAACAUCACUGACAUGGUGGAUGCCCUGUGGGAGGAAGUGUCGCCGCUUUACAAGAAGCUGCACGCCUUCGUUCGCAAGAAGCUUAAGGAGAUUUACCCCGAUAAGAUUCCAGCAGAUGGUACCAUUCCAGCGCACUUGCUCGGAAAUAUGUGGGCACAGUCCUGGGGUAACCUCUACGAUAAUAUUAGUCAAGGGUCAAUUCUGGACGUCACUCCUGAAAUGAAAAAGCAGCAGUGGAACGCAACAAAGAUGUUCAAAACGUCCGAGAAUUUUUUCACAAGUUUAGGAAUGAAACCGAUGACCGAUAUAUUCUGGGCCAAAAGUAUGCUUACCAAGCCUCCGGAUAGGAAGGUUGUGUGUCACGCAUCUGCUUGGGAUUUUGCAACGCCAGAGGAUUUCAGGAUCAAAAUGUGCACGGACAUCACAAUGGAGGACCUAUUUACGGUGCACCAUGAGAUGGGUCACAUUGCCUACUUUAUGCAGUACUUCAAUCAGCAUCCAUUAUUCAGAGAGGGCGCCAACGAAGGUUUUCACGAGGCUAUAGGAGAUCUUAUGGCUCUAUCGGUAUCUACACCGAGUCACCUGAAAAUGCUAGACCUUCUACAGGACGACAACAUUAACACUGUUGAUUUCCAGCUGCGUACCGCCCUGGAUAAGGUAGCUUUCCUACCUUUUGGGUACCUGUUGGACAAGUGGCGAUGGACCCUGUUCACAGGAGAGACGCCACUAGAACAAAUGAACAGAAAAUUCUGGGAAUACAGGAUCAAGUAUCAAGGAGUCUCACCUCCCGUGAAAAGGAGCGAAAAAGAUUUCGACCCAGGAGCAAAAUACCACGUUCCCGCAAACGUUCCAUAUUUAAGAUAUUUUGUGAGCUUCAUAAUCCAGUUUCAAUUCCACGAGCACUUGUGUAAGGAAUCGAGACAACUUGAUAGCAAAAAACUUCACGAAUGUGACAUCUACGAACAGGAGAAGGCUGGAGAAAUACUCAGGAACGGCCUGUCCUUAGGAUCCAGCAAGGUUUGGCAAGAUGUCUUUCAAAUCAUGGCAGGCACAAGGGAAAUGUCAGCGUCGUCCAUCAAGAAAUAUUUUGAACCUUUGGAAACUUGGCUGAAUACUCAACUCCAGGGCGAGACAGUUGGAUGGGAUAAUGCAAGAGUGGAAGACUACAUGGAAUCUGGACAGGAGAGAGACCCGCAUGCAGUACUGUGACCCUGUGAAUGAAGUUUCCAUUGUAUGAAGUCAUCAUCUACCCUCUACUGAGUCUAUCUUGGUUUCACCCCAUGCCCGCUUUUUGUAGUUCACCUACCGCCUCUAAUAUAUAGUAUAGUCCCAAAAUAGGAGUGGAAGCAAAUAGAAGAAAUAGAAGCAAAGACAAGCAAGCAAGUUUCCAGGCUGAAGCAAUAAACAUUACCAUUUGUUUGCCUCUAUAAAUUGGUGUGUCAGACAAGUCUACUGUACUUUGCCUAUAAGUACCACUUCUGCUGCCUAGUGGAGCAUGCAUGCUUUCUGAAUGGGCAAUUGGCAUCUUCCGAAUGGUAAGGCGCAGAUGGAAUUAGUGGUUAAAGGAACCAUGCCCAGAACGUGCAGAUGCUGUAAAUGUUACGGUACUGUCAUGCAUCCCUCCAAGAACUCCCAAAAAAUUUACACAUCGAAAACUCAACAUAUAACCUCUGACUUACGCUUUUCUCUAUUCCGCUUUAUGUAAACACAUACUCGACAUUACCCCACUUCUCCAUGCUAACAACAUGCACCCAAGGACGAAGAUUGUUCACCUUAUUCCCAGGGGGCCAGUGGUUGGAUGUUUCCGUCAGUGCAGAGUUCCCCAACAUUUUAAAUGCACUGCCAGCUACGAGGACUGUGCCCAGUAGAAGGACAGUAUCUGUUUGAAAUAUUGGCAGGCAGCUACAAUCCACCCAAAUUAUGUAUGAUAGCUACAACACAUGGAACAGAUUAUGCGUCUUGGACUUUUUCAUUCAUGUAUGUGUCUGUUAUGACAUGCAGUUAUAAAGCAAGCAUUGGGACAAAAGCUUUGCUCAACCAAACUGGCACUUUUUUUGCUCUGCUUUUGACAAAUUGAACAUGGGAACAUACUUAAUCGAUAGCCACCAACAAACCUCUUGCUGACCACGGUUCAUAUCAAGCGUAGCGCACACCUGACAACAAGGAAUUAUCGCAUCUCCACACAGUACUGUCGUCAGAAAUUGUUUCCUAGGACGAUUUUGACUGUGUGGGUAGGUAAGUUGGUGGUGUCACUUUCUGCGAAAAGCCUGGUCCAUAUUCGCUGCGAGGUCGACCUAUAAGGGGCGAAACUGUCACCUUUCUAGUGUGGAUAACAUGUGGGCCGAUGUUCGGAGUUGAUGGUACUAUUCCGUAAUUCUUGUGUACGUUCACCAAAAGAUCACUUGUGCCGCGAUGGUACGAUAGUGUUUGGUUUCCCAAUGCUCCAUCCACUGCACAGAAUGCCGAAUAAACGUGUAAAAGCAGACUAUGCGUCCACACUACAGUAGUUCUCCGUUCCCCACAGCGUGCCAAUACUCCCUGAGCAAAUAGGAUAUUUUCAGCAAGUUUCAUCCCUACUAACCCUCCCUCGUCAAGUCACCAUGUCUAGUGUGAUGCAUCAUCGAGGCUGUUUUAAAAGGUUGUCUCUCAUCGUUCCUAGUAAAACAUUUGCAGUUGUACUUGUGCAAUCAUGUUUGCGCUGUUAUUUUAUAUGUAUUGGUUAGUGUAUGAAUAUCUGUGUGACUGUUCAGUUGUUCUAUUCACUAAAUUACUCAGUUGUAAAUAUGAAAAAAUAUGCCUUGCCAUUACGCUGUCAUCUUUCCAUAUUCCUUGUCAUUAUGUAGUUGUAUUUCCACUUUUGUUCUUGUUCUGCCUCCUACAUAUAAAGCUUUCUGGUUUUUGAUAUACAGUCAACCCUCGAUUUAUGAGCACCCUCGGAUUCCUGAAAAAUUGUUCAUUAAUCGAGGGAUUCAUAAAUCGAAAAUUCCGUUAGGUGAGUACCAUCGAGCAGUAUUUGAGAGUUGGGAUUGCGUUUAUAAUGUAACAUAGUUAGCACAAUAGCUGACAUGGGCCGGGACCACGUCACUGGAUGCUCAGAAAUCCUUCUGACCUGCGGCCACCUUAUUCAUAAAUUGAGGUCAGGAACACUUGGUCCCCCUAAUGCGUCCCUGGAAAACCCGUUUGUUGUCCGGAUUUCCAGGGUUUAAGAACCGAGGGUGCAAUACCUGGAAAAAGUUUCGUCCGUUCCAGCAUCAUUCAUAAGACCAUAGAAUAAUCCCUUUGAAGGUUUCUGUUGACCUCGGAACAAUCCGUUCAUAAACUGAGAACAAAAACGCUGGGCAACUCCUAGUUCGUUCCCAGAAAUUCCCUUCAUUAUUCGGAUAUCGAGGUUCAUAAAACGAGGGAAAAACUCAUGUAAAAAGUUUGGUUCCUUGUGCUCCUAUUCAUAAAACGAGGGUUGACUGUACUAGUAAUAGCUAGACCCCGGAUAUUUAGGCACAAAAAGUUCAUUUUAGGCGCCUCUAAUAGGAAGCAAAAAUCUUGAUUUAGGCACUAAAAGUGGUGUUCUAGGCACCAUUAGCUAUUGCGCUUGUUGGGCAUGUGUUUGGCCCUGCUGAAAGUACCGAGGGAAGAAUCAAUUAAAGGGGCACUAAACAGCCCACAGAACAUCUCCCAAUUACAACGCCUCUGAAAGAACGUGGUUGACAAUAUCCAGACAUGUAAUUCGUGUGGCGAGCAUAUUCACCAAUAAACAAUGCCAUUCAAAGAGCAUAAUCCGCAUGCAUCUCUCCUUCCUUCUCGGAGAACACCUACGUCACACGCCUCGCACGUGUAGCAAAGCUGCAUCACUGCCAGUCACUAGAGAUAGGGGAGAUUUUGGACUCACAACCAAUAAUGGGCUCCGUCGAGACAAUCUGAGCUGUGCGGGAAGGACCGGUUGUUGGGACAUCGCUGUGAACUUGCGGAGCAAUAUAGUGCUGAAGAUAUAAUGCGCACUUGACAUGGAACAUUGCAGACUUCUGGUGCGGUUUGAACUGGCCAUCUUGUGCAUUUCAAGUGGAGAGAUGUUCAGAAUUUACCUCACAUCCUGAUACAUUAUUCCCGACAUCAUGUAUUACAAUAAAUCAAUGUAUAAGGGUCUCGUA